AUGGCUCAAGAAGAGGAUGCUCUGAAUGAAUAUUCUCGAGAUCUACCAAGGAAAGACGACGAUUCUAGCCUUCAAUUGGUUCUUGAUCAGUUGGCAGCACUGAAUUCGAAGUUUACAAGCGUCAAUUUGAUUUCUACUACGGAUGCUCCGACACUUUCACAAGAGGAUCUUGGCAUGUAUGUAGUGGAAGAGCGAACCAAAAAUCUGAAUUACAUGGCUAACAACAACUACACGAAUUCAUACAAUCCAGGUUGGAAGAAUCAUCCCAAUCUCUCCUACAAGUCGAGCAAUGUUGAGAACCCCACGCCGAACAACUUCAGAGCAUCGAAUAACCUAAACCAGAGGAUUCCUCCCGGCUUUGCUUUACAAUCCAGGGCUCCUAAUCAGAACUCCAACUACAGAGUUCCCGGACAAUCCUACAAUAACCAUGCACCUCCAGAUAACGGCGAUCUCGUUCAAGAUACACAUGCUCUUCUUCAACAGUUUAUCCAGACUCAGGAGAAGACAAUUCAGGAGUUUCGCGCACAGUUCGUCAAUAUUGAUGCUCAUUUUAAGCUCGUGGAUAAUCAGAUUGCUAAGUUAGCAUCAGCCAUUCAAAGACCAUCUGGGUCUCUUCCACCUAACUCUGAGACUAACCCUCUUGAACAUGUCAAUGCUAUUACCUUGAGAAGUGGUAAGCAGGUAGAUACCGGAAACCCACUGACGGUUGAGCAGAGCGAUAGCUCGAGAACCACAGUUUUAGACACUCCUGAUGAUACACCUGAGCCAGCUUACGUGCCUCCUCCUCCUAGCCCACCACCAGUACCAUUUCCAUCUCGCUUGAGGAGGCACAACGAAGACAUCCAAUUCGCGAAGUUCGUUGAGAUGCUAAAGAAACUCAAGGACAUCCUGACCAAGAAGAGGAUCGUUGAAACUGUUCCACUUACUACCGAAUGCAACGCUUUGAUCCAACACGAGCUUCCGCUUAUGCAGUUCGAUCCAGGUAGUUUCUCAAUCCCUUGUAAAUUGGAUAAUAUUUUCAUCGGUCGUGCACUUUGUGAUCUAGGAGUCGGCGUCAGUCUUCUACCAUUAUCGAUCUUCAAGAAGCUGAAUGUGGGUGAGCUAAAACCCACUGGAAUGACUCUUCAACUUGCCGACCAUUCUGUUAAAUACCCUACUGGAAUACUUGAGGAUGCGCCAUUGAAAGUCGGGAAUUUCUAUAUUCCAGUUGACUUCGUGGUUCUCGACAUGGACAAAGACUCUAAGGUAUCUAUCAUUCUUGGUCGUCCAUUCCUUAACACUGCAGAUGCAGUUAUCCAUGUUCGAGCAGGUAUGCUGACAAUGAAGAUUGGAGAUAAGACGGUGGAGUUCACUUUGGACAAAAAUCUCAAACAACCGUCAUCAACAGAAUCUGCUUGCUUCAUCAACACGCUCGACAAUGCUACUCAGAAUGUCAAACCGAUCAUUUCAGAUCAUGGAACCCAUCGGUUUGAGCAUGACCUCAAUGCUGAAGUUCUAUAG